GUUUUGAAAACCCUCCCAAACCGAAAUGGAAAAUUUACAAAAUUGUACAAACGGCACUUCAUACCGAACGCAAGAAAUGUCAUUCAAGCCUCCUAGCGGACAGAUCCAGUUGUUAAGAGUUGUCAGAGUUGUUUAAUAAAAAAUAAUAAAAACAUUCACACACGGUCUAUGUAUAUAUUUACGCAUAAAGUGAUCGUAUACUUGAAUGAAAUCGACUGUGUUUAGCAAAAUAAGUAAUUGUGCAUUAGUUUAUCAAUUUGUUUCGAACCGUGCAACAGGAACAAUCAUUUCGAUAAAAUGUCAUCCGGACUGAAAUGCAAAAAUUGUGGAUCAUCUGACAUUGAAGUUGAUAGUGCUCGCGGUGAUGCAGUCUGUACGAAUUGUGGUUCAGUCCUGGAGGACAACAUUAUUGUGUCAGAAGUUCAAUUCGAAGAAGCUGGUCAUGGCACCGCUAGUGCCGUCGGUCAAUUCGUAUCGGCAGAUUCGAAGGGUGGUGCAACAGGAUACGGUAAAUUUCAUGUCGGUAUGGGAACUGAGUCACGGGAGGUAACGUUACGCAAGGCAAGACAAGGAAUCACACAUUUGAGUCAUCAGUUGCAUCUGAAUAACCAUUGCAUCGAAACGGCAUGUAAUUUCUUUAAAAUGGCUUUAAUGAGACAUUUGACCCGAGGUCGGAAAAACACUCACACUUAUGCUGCCUGCGUUUAUAUCACCUGCCGAACAGAAGGAACAUGCCAUCUGCUAAUCGAUAUCAGUGACGUUCUACAAAUAUGCUGCUACGAGCUAGGACGAACUUACCUGAAACUGUCACAGGCACUUUGUAUAAACAUACCUUCCAUCGAUCCCUGUCUCUACAUAAUGCGAUUCGCAAACAAAAUGGAACUAGGCGAAAAAACGCACGAAGUAUCGAUGACAGCACAACGUCUUGUCCAACGUAUGAUGAAAGACUCCAUCCAUUCUGGUCGUCGGCCAUCGGGUUUAUGUGGUGCUGCAUUGCUUAUAGCAGCUCGAAUGCACGAUUACAGUAGAACGCCCAUGGACAUUGUACGAAUUGUAAAGAUUCACGAAUCGACACUGCGAAAGCGGCUGAUUGAAUUCGGCGACACCCCGAGCAGUUUGUUAACAUUGGACGAAUUUAUGGCCGUCGAUUUGGAAGCCGAACAGGAUCCACCAGCAUUCAAAGCGGCCCGGAAACGAGACAGAGAGCGAUUGCAGAAAUUGAACGAACAACAUGAGGCUGAAUUUAGCGAUUUGCAGAUGGAAAUCGAUUCGCAUUUGGAAAAGGAAUUAAAGAAUAAACGAAAGCGUCGAUUCGAUCCGAUCGAUGCGGUCGAAAAUGAUGAGACUGACGUAUUUAUAAGAGAAUCGACCAUGGAUGUUAUCAAUGAAUGUUUAGCUGAUGCUGAAGAUGUCGAUGAUCCGGAUGAUCCAGCAGAAGGAUCAAAAGAUCGAACUUUGCCAACCGGCUUGAAGCCAGAUCUAGCUGCACUGUGUCUGCCAAAUCUGAAGGACGAAACAGCAUCUGAGCGAAAUGUGAAUUCAGACACAAUUUUCGAAGGCUGCGAACUGGAUUUGGAAGGAUUGGAUGAUGAAGAGAUAAACGGGUAUAUUAUGACUGAGACAGAAGCUAAGUACAAGGAUGUUAUGUGGAAUCGUUUGAAUGCUGAAUAUUUGAAAGAGGCUAAGGCGAAGGAGGAAAAAUUGGCAAAGGAAAAGGAAGAAGGCAAACCGGAAAAGAAGCGUCGAAGAAACUCUCGGAAAAAGAAUAUUGGUCCAUCGAACACUGCCGGCGAAGCAAUUGAAAAAAUGUUGCAAGAGAAGAAAAUCUCAAACAAAAUCAAUUACGACAUCCUUAAAACGUUAACGGAACCGAAGAGUGUUAGUACCGAGCCAUCGUCCACCAACGAGGAAGUAUCGGUACCGGAAGAUGAUGUAGCAAAUAGUUUAUUGGGAAGAUCUGAGAAGCCUAAAAUCGAACAAAAGCCUUACACGUCCAUAUCAUGGAAACCGAAAGUAGCUCCAGUGGGAUUACCAGUAGCAGAAACAGUCACAGAGUCUACUGAGAAAAUUGUCGAAACAGCUCCGAUAGAAAACGACGAUGCUGAUGACUUUGAAGACGAAGUAGAACCAGAACCAGAGCCCGAACAUUCUUCAUUGGUGAACAUGUUGUAUAACAAUGAUGGUGAUGGGGAUGAUUACUUUGCUUAUGAUGAAGAUGCAUAUUAAUCACGUGUAUUUUGUGUGAUCAGAGUCGUUUUUUUAAUGUUAAUUUAUUACAAUCUUCGAUUAAACGUAUCGAAUUUGAUAG